ACUCCACGAUCACGUUCAAGCCGCGAGAUGUUGAGAAAUGGCAACAGAAAACAAAGCUGAGGAAGAAUUUGACACCGUUUUCGGUCUGACGGACUCUGUCGAGCUUUCUUCCCAGCACGACUACGGCCCCACUCGAGCUCGGAUCUUUAAAAUCAUAGUCAUAGGGGAUUCCAACGUGGGGAAGACGUGUCUGACUUAUCGGUUCUGCGGCGGCGCUUUCCUCACGAACCCAGAGGCAACUAUCGGGGUGGACUUCAGGGAGAGGACGGUAGAGCUGGAUGGAGAGAGCAUCAAGUUGCAGAUUUGGGACACAGCGGGUCAGGAGCGUUUCCGGAAGAGCAUGGUGGAGCACUACUACCGCAGCGUCCACGCCGUCAUCUUUGUUUACGACGUCACCAGCCUCCCCUCCUUCGAAAGCAUCCCUGAGUGGAUCGAGGAGUGCAGUCGCCACUUGGUGGGGCCGCUGGUGCCCCGCGUCAUUGUGGGAAACAAGUGUGACCUGAGGGAGCAGCGGGAGGUGCCCGCAUCGUCCGCCCAGCUUCUCGCUGACAGUUACAACUACCCGCUAUUUGAGACCUCGGCCAAGGAGCCGUCUGAGAAGGAGCAUGUGGAUGCCAUCUUCCUGACCUUAGCGUACAGGCUGAAGAGCCACAAACCUCUGAGACUAAAGCAGCUGAGUGAGAGCGGCGCCAGGCAACUGAGCCAGAGAGAGCAGGAGGAGGGGCUCUGUCAAUGCUGAGGUCAGCGCCGCCUCACUGAAUGGACUCACUAUAGGGGCUACAUCCUCCAGCAGUGCUGGAUUAAAACAGUCAUAAUGGUUUAAACAAAAACACGACUUUUUAGAAAGACUUUAUGUUGAUUUUAAUGUUUCUUUGCUGAUGUGGGGCCCUUGGUGCACGAGUUUGCACAAUAUCAAACCAGAAUUAUCGCAAGCAUUUGCACCUAAGAUUAAUAUUUAGCAAUGGGUUUGCUGUGAUUGCUCCAAUACUGGACUCUUCCAUAUCCACAUACUAAUGCCUUAUUUGUUUAAAGACUUUACGCGAAGAGAAAAACUUAAAACACAGGGAAAAAAGGACUGAAACUUUGAAAAAAUGAGAACAUUCUUUAAAAUCUUUGUGAUUUUUUUCUUCCAGUUCUUGGGAUGACUAUUGCAUGAAUGUUGGUGCUAUUACUUAGCUUUUUUUGCACACAUUAAACCCAAUAACCCAAGUGAUGAAAUUUAGCUGGCGUGUUUGGUUAAAUGCAAAUCCACACAGUUCAUUUGGACUGCAUGUUUGAAUGUCAAAUCUGUGUCACUUGAAGUUCAGAAAACCGUUUCCUCAACGAUGAAAUCAUGUGUGAUUUGAAGACCUUUCAGCUGUGUUGGGAGCAGUCAGUAUAAACCUGCAAAUCAAUAAAAUGCUCACAUCUGUA